AUGCUAAACUUUGGCGGGUCUGUCAAGCUCAAUACAAAGGUAAUUGCCAUUGCUGGUGCAUUCCUCCUUUUCAAUUUGAUCCUAAUUUCCAACAGCUAUUAUUCACAUAAUGGAAUCUCGUCAACAAUUGAUCAUUAUCGUACAAAAUAUCAAAAGACAAAUGACGUUUCUCAAACAAUAGUGGACAGUAAAGAUAUUGAAGGCAAUAUAUUAUUCGAAGAACAUUUCAAAUCCCUGGGGGACAAGAAGAGUUACUAUGAAAAAUAUUCUAUGCAAUAUCUUCCCAAUUAUACUGGCGAAAAUUUAAAUCAUGAGGAAUCCACAUUGUUGGUAUCAUUGAUCUCUAGUAGUGCACCAUACGGCAGGGAUAGAACUUACGACCAAUUUUUCAAUGAUGUAUUAAAUGGGUUCAAUGAGGAUUAUGGCAAAAUAUCUUUGGGGCUACUUUGUAUUACAAAGGAUCAUUUUGAUACGAUCAAGAACUAUAUGAGAGAUUUCUUCCAAGAUGAAAGAAUCGAAGCAGAAAAGAAAUUCAACAAAGUUACGAUGAUUUACGCCCCAUUUUUGGACGAAAAUAAUGCUAGCGGUAGAGAUGAUCGUCAGAAACCAUCAUUCCAGAAAAAGCGUCGUUCAUUAAUUGCGAAGUCUCGUAACUUUUUAAUCAACAGUAUUCUUGAAUUUGAAAAAUAUAUCUUGACUAUAGAUUCUGACAUUAUUGAAAUCAAUCCUGACACUAUCUCUAUGUUUAUUACUAGCAAGAAAGAUAUAAUUGUUCCUAGAAUUGAACGAGGAAUUCAACAGGAUUAUGAUUUGAAUUCAUGGAAAGGAUCACGUAAAGUUCCAACUUCCGAAGAAUUUGAAAUGAUGAAAAAAUCUCAACAGAAAGCUUAUCAACUGGGAUCACGAGAUGAAGAGUAUAUAUUUGUUCCAAUGGAUCAAGAGGGGAAAAUGGAACAUUUGAUUGAUGCCAGUAACCGUUUGAAGUCAAACAGGAAGGCGAAGGUUAAUGAGUUGGUAGAGAUUGAUUCUGUGGGCGGAGCAGUGUUGUUUUUAAAGUCAGAAAUUUGGAAAUUGGGAAUCCAGUUCCCACCUUUCUAUGUCAUUGGUACAGAUUGGAAUUUGCCAUUGGGUGGUUAUGAUGGUAUUGAAACUGAAGGGUUAUGCUAUGAGGCUAAGAUUUUGGGCUACACUUGUUGGUCUAUGCCUAACUUGGUAGCGCAACACAGUGAAGUAUGA